CCUCCUGCCGGGCGGGCCGGCCCCGCCGCCGACUGCCUCCAGCGCCGCCCGCGCCGGCCGCUGCUGCCGCCGGCGGGAGCAGCCUGGCCGGACGCACCAUGAGCAGCCUGCCCGCCGAGCGGGAGGGCGGCCCCGCCGAGCCCGGCCUGCCCGAGGAGGAGGUCAGGACACUCUUUGUGAGCGGGCUGCCUCUGGAUAUCAAGCCCCGGGAACUUUACCUGCUGUUCAGGCCCUUUAAGGGAUAUGAAGGGUCUCUUAUAAAACUCACGUCUAAGCAGCCUGUGGGGUUUGUUAGCUUUGACAGCCGCUCAGAAGCAGAAGCUGCUAAAAACGCUCUGAACGGCAUCCGCUUCGACCCCGAGAUUCCCCAGACGCUCCGCCUGGAGUUCGCCAAGGCAAACACCAAGAUGGCCAAGAGCAAACUGGUGGGCACACCGAAUCCCAGCACGCCUCUCCCCAACGCCGUACCUCAGUUCAUCACCAGGGAGCCAUAUGAGCUCACAGUGCCUGCACUUUAUCCCAGUAGCCCUGAAGUGUGGGGGCCGUACCCUCUGUACCCAGCGGAGUUAGCACCUGCUCUACCUCCUCCUGCUUUCACGUAUCCCGCUUCACUGCAUGCCCAGAUGCGCUGGCUCCCUCCCUCCGAGGCUGGUUCUCAGGGCUGGAAGUCCCGUCAGUUCUGCUGAAUGCCAUGUCUCAGGUGUGUGAUGGUGGCCUACAGUCAGUCUUGUGGGUAUUAAUGGAGUCUUCCAAGGUGGCUACUGGGUUCUCGAGCUCUCCACAAAACCACAGUGUGCUGGCUUGAAAAAAACCUCACACAAGUUUGGAUUCCUCCAAGACUUUCCCACAGCCUCUAUCACACAUCUGCUCUCCUAGAAGAAAACGAAAAGCAUAACUAGUAAUAAUAUUUUCUUCUUUUACACUGUAUAUUUGUAAGAAAGAGUGUGUUACUUCUGAAAGCAUGGUUUGACAGGCAUUGCUGUAGCGUUUGAAAAGUAUUUUCAAACAGAACCAUAGGAAAGCAGACUACAAAAGCAAAAUGAGAGCAAGUAUUUUUGUACCAAACUUUUUAAAUAGGACAAUCUUACACUGGGUUGGACCACAGUUUUUGUGCUUGACUUUUGAAUGCGUGUAAUUAAGAGUCUCUAUUCUCCCCCUGUCCCACCCCACCAGCUGCAUGUCAAAGGCAUGAUUUUAACCUGUGUGCAAAUCUAAAGAUGCGUGAUUCAAGUUUGUAGGAAUUGUGCUCCCCCUGGCACACAGCCUGCCAGGAAUUAGUGCACUCUGGCUGUGUCAGAAACACAUCUGUGUACACUUACAGUAUUACAGUUUUAUUCCCAGUUGUACCAAAUGACACCAGGCAGGACAAUCAGAAACUUUCUUACGGUGAUUUUUUACCUUAGGGCUAUGUUAAUAGCUUGCUGUGCAAAGCUUCGGCGUGGUACAACACUUGGAUCAGGGAUGGGCAGAGAAAGCCCACAUAUGUAGCAAGGUGAGAAUUUGCCUCCUUCUCCUGCCAUGACUGCUUGAAGUUGUUAUUGGCAAUAUAAACUGCUGUAUGAGAAAACCAAACCUGCAAUUCACCAGCUUACUCAAGGUUGGGCUGAAGUCCUGAGCAAGUUGAGGGACUUAAGACACAUGCCUGCCAUUAUGCCAAAGCACUCUGCUGAGCUGGGAUUUAAGAGUGAAGGUUGUGCCAGUCCAGCUGCUUGCUGUGUAGCAUUUCUAUGUUUCCACGUGUGAACAAAGACAAGAAGAGAGGCUUGCUAACAUCACUGCAGCAGUAUUUGUAAUGUUUACAGAGACAGUGUACCAGCAAGGAGACUGUUUCAAGCAGUACAGUUCCUUAUCCUUCUUGUUCCAGGAAAUAUUUCAAAUAAUAAUAAUAAAAAAAACCCAAAGUGACUUCAGUUUCUUGCAAAAAGAGGAGCAAAACUCUUCUCCUUUAAUUGCCACUUAUCCAACCCCUUUCCUGCAGGGAGAGCAGUGCUGCAGGGUACACUGAGCUUAGCUGCUGCUAAAUGGAUGUCCAAGUUUCACCAUAGUUGGUUUCACAGCUGUACUGAAGACACAAGGCUUUGUUAAACAUCAUAAACUUCUUUUUUUUCCUCUUUCCUUUUAUUUUGUGGGCGGGCCAAAAUACAACCGCUGAGAAUUUCGGCUUCCAGAACCUUGUUGGGGGAUGAGACGGUGAAAAGGAAACUGGCUCAUUUGGGUUUUCUAUAAAAAGUGGAAUUGUUAAAGGUGAUUUGAGAACAAAUCAAUUCCAAGACAAAUGAUCAAGUGGAUCUAAAAGGAAUGAUACCAGCAUUUCUAAGCAACGGACUAACUCCUUUAGCAAACUAUUUCCUGUAUUUUGUUUUGUGGAGAAGAGAGGAAAGAAGCUUCCACAUUGUCUACUCCGCUUUUGGAAAUAUGUUUAAAGGUACUUUUCUAUUGUAAUUUUUUUAAAAAUAAAACCAGUGAUUAUUAUAACUUA